CCCGCCUCCGGGGUGCAGGUGGAGAAGCUGCCGGUUGGAACGCCGGCGGGGGCAGAGGAGUCGCUGCCUGAGAUCCUCACAGUUGCGUUCCCGAGGGGUAUGUCUUUGGCCAGCGGCGCCGUCGACCCGGGGGCCAUCCUGAGGGGUAUGACCCCUGAGACGGAUAGGGCUGCCCUCGGGGCCUACAAUGAUGCGGCCCUCGAGGACCACAUUCUCCGCUCCUCCCUCUCUGCUUGCUUAGCCCUCGGCGAACAGGCUCGGAGGCUUCAAGAAUGGCGCCUCCACAGAGCGGAGCAAGACGCCAGAAUGAGGGAGUGCCUCCUCAAGAACCAGGAGGCGGUGAAGCUGGGGGCCCAGCUAGAAGAGGAGCUCCGGCAGAUGAGCUUGAAACUGGAGGCUGCAGAGAAAGGCAAGGCUGAUGCUGAGGCCGCUGCCAGGAGAGCUGCUAAAGAGGUCGAGGACUCCAAAGCGCUAGCUGUCGCCAGGGCUCAGGAGGAGGCCGUUGAGGCCUUUGUCGCCGAGGGUUGGAGAGCCGAGGGGCGCAAGAUGUGGGUGUCCUCGGUCGUGGAGGCCUGCGUUGAAGAAUGGGCCGAGGGCCCUGGGUGGGAAUGGAUGGCCCGGAAGGGCAGAGAGUACUAUGAAGCCGGCGAGUUCUUCACCCAGGCCCUCAUCUACCGGAGGAUGGCCCGGCAUUUGGGCAUUGAGCAAAAGGACUUCUCCCCCUCGGCGUAUGGUCUUCCCCCCUUGCAGCCUGAUGUUCGUGAGCCGCUCCCGGAAGGUGUUCAGAGGCCCGACCUUGAGGACACGGUGUUGAAGAAUGAGGUCGAGGACGAC